AUGCCUUAUCCCGAAAGGUUGAAGCCCAAAGUUAAAGAUCAACAGUUGACAGAUUUUAUGAAGACGUUGGCCAAAGUUCAGAUCAAUCUCCCAUUGAUUGAUGCAAUUAAGAACAUUCCAUCUUAUGCCAAGUUUUUAAAGGAUGUUUGCACAAAGAAAAAGAAGCUCGUGGAUUUUGAAAAAGUUAUUCUUACAGAACAGUGCAGUGCAGUUUUAUUACACAAACUGCCUCCAAAGAAACAAGACCCAGGGAGUUUUACAAUUUCAUGCACAAUUGGAAAUUCUAAUUUUAAACGUGCUUUAAUUGAUUUGGGUGCCAGUAUUAAUUUAAUGCCUUUUUCUGUUUUUCAGAGACUAGGACAAGGAGAAAUCAAGCCUACAUCAGUUAUUCUACAACUGGCGGACCGUUCAGUUGCUUACCCUAGGGGAAUUAUUGAAGACCUCAUUAUUAAAGUGGAUAAUCUCUAUCUUCCUGCAGAUUUUGUGGUCUUGGAUAUGGAUGAAGACAUGCAAACACCGAUUAUUUUGGGGAGACCGUUUAUGGCAACAGCUAGGACUUUAAUUGAUGUGGAAGCUGGAACAUUAACUUUACGAGUUCAAGACCAAUAUGUGGUUUUUAAUUUGUUUGAAGGAGCAAAACGUCCUGCUGAACAGCAGGAAUGUAUGCACAUUGAUGUGGUAGACAAUAUGGUUCAAGCCAGCUUUCAGGCAAGUUCAAAUACAGAUAAGUUGCUCAGCAGGGGAAAAGCGAAAAAGCGGAAAUUGCAGUUAAAGGAGCUAGAGGAAACUCGUCAAGGUGCUUAUAACAGUUCUCGCAUCUACAAGGAAAGAACUAAGGCAUUUCAUGACAGUAAAAUUUUGCGAAAGGAAUUUCGGCCAGGGAAAAAGGUUUAUCCUCAUGGGGCGGUUGAUAUUACAAGUGAAAUUAAUGGCAACACAUUCAAAGUGAACGGUCACAGGCUGAAACCAUAUUUGGAGUCACCCUUUGAUAUUGCACGCGAGUCACUGACUCUGAAGGAACCAGUGAUCUGA